UCUAAAUCAAGCAUACCAAAGUUUUUUUUGCGCCCUACUGCAGAAAAUUGCGGCCAAAUAGAUUUGCAUAACAAUGUUUGACCAGUUAUAUAUAUAAUUUGAUUAUGCCUAGUUUAAUUGUAAAUCUAUAUUGUUGAUUCUUUUCUGAUUAGAUAUAGUUUAUUCAAUUAAAGACUAUAUUAACUAAUAAUGUCACAAUCUAAGAUUACAUUGAUUUCAUCUGAUGAACUUGAAUUCCAAGUGGAUCAAGAAGUGGCUGAAAAAUCAAUAACGUUAAAGAAUCUUAUUGAAGCUUUAAAGGAAGAUGAUACCUUAGAAAAAUUUGAAAUCCCAUUACCAAAUAUUAAAGGUAAAUAUUUAAAAAAGAUCCUUCAAUGGUGUGAACAACACAGGGAUACCAUUCAUGCUGAGCCUGACGCUUGUGACCAGUCUGAUGGUAAUAGAAAUGUAGUACUUGAUCCAUGGGAUACUGAAUAUUUUCAAGUUCCUCCAAAUGCCUUAUAUCAUAUUAUUGAUGGUGCAAAUUUCUUAGAUAUUAGUUAUUUAAAAUUACAGGGUUGUAAACUAAGUGCAAGUUUCGUUCAGGGUAAAACUUCUGAACGCUUGAAAAAAAUCUUUUCCAUGAAAGUAGAAGCAGAUGCUGAUGAAGACGAUUAAGAUGUCGAUGUGGUUCUUGAAUAGAUUUGGAUAAAAAAUACAUAAUCCCUUGUUGGUGUUAUAUCAAGCUGGUUAUAAUGGACUUUGGUUUUAUGUAGUGUGAUACCAUAUUAGGGGUGAGAAAAUACACACAAAAAGUAUAACUCUAUGAAUUGCAGUAAAAAUGUAGUA